AUGUCGGGGGAGAUCGGGUUCCAUAUCCAAGAAGAAAUCCUGAGAAUGCUUCCUGUAAAAUCAUUGCUUCGGUUUAGAUGUGUAUGCAAAGCAUGGAGGUGUUUAAUCGACAGCUCUUAUUUUCUUGCUGCUCACACCGUUGGUCAAGAUCAGUGGCAGCAUCUGUUUGUAAGGUAUCUGGUAAGAGGGAGGCCACACUAUAUUUGUGUCGUCGAUGAUGACACUUUCCCCCGACAGAGGUCUGUUCCGACUCUUCCCCUCUCCAUUAAACUGCUUACAAGGUCAAGGGUGGUCGGUAGCUGUAACGGGUUGGUGUGCUUGGAUGGGUAUUAUGAUGAUCCAGAUAAAUCUCAAAAGCCGAUGGUUGUACUUUGGAAUCCUUCAAUCAGAAAAUCAAUUGCUAUCGCUGUGCCUGUGCUUUUGUCUGGUAUGAAUCAUUGGCUAGAUGAAACAACUUUUGGUUUUGGUGUUUGUCCUGCUACUAAUGAUCCUAAGAUCGUCAUGAUUCCACAACUUGCUCCGUUGCAUGAAAAGAGCAGCAAAAUUAACGACGCUCGUGAAGUUAUGGUUUAUACAUUGAGUUCAGGGAAAUGGAAAAGACUGUCUAAUUCUAGUAAUGUGCCGAGUAAAGCAGUCCGAGUUAGACGGGAUGUCCAAGUUAUUGAUAGGUUUAUAUAUUGGUCUGGUUCGCACCUGAUGGCUGAAGAUGGUUGUAGUUGGAGUAGAUGGAUUUCUAAUAUGAUUUUGUCAUUUGAUAUGACUAAUGAUACUUUUGAAGUGAUAGACCUCCCAGAUAGUUUAGCACUCUGCCUUCCUACUAAGGUGUGCAUUUCUAAGCUAAGGGAAUCUCUUGUCAUAUUUGAAAGUCUGGAAGAAAUGUGUUCUGUAUCUUUAUGGAUGAUGGACAAUGGUGUUCAAAAAUCGUUUACAAAGUUAUUCACCAUUAUUGCACAACAAUAUUGGUCAAUUAGGGCACUGGGACUCGGGAAGAGUGGCGCACCUAUAAUGGAAGUGAAAGGUGUUUGUUUUGGAGAAAGUGAAAUUGCGGUAUAUGAGCCCAAGUCACAAAGCUUUACACCUAUAAUGGAAGUGAAAAAUGUUUGUUCUGAAGAAAGUGAAAUUGUGGCAUAUGAGCCAAACUCACAACGCUUCAGUGCUCUUGAGAUUGGUGGGAUAAGGAGUUUCUCCACUGCGAAUUCUUACACGGAAACACUACUUUUGCUUGAUUUGUUGAAUUCUCUAGGAGCUAUGCGUCUUCUUGUUGGUGCUUGGAUGAACUUGUGA